AAUGCAUGCUGGUAAAUGUAGUCACCAGAAGCGUCAAAAAUGGUGGACGUUCAGCCUCCGCCUUUCCGAACCCUGGACGAUUUUCUGCUGGGUUCGGCCCGAUUCUCGGUGCCCGAUGUCCGUAACUUAGAUCGGUGGAACAACCGCAUCAUUAACAACCUGCUGUAUUACCAGUCCAACUAUUUAGCCUCCGCCGUGGCAUUUCUGCUCGCAGUCGGGUAUUUCCAACCACUCCAGUUGAUUCUUGGGGCAACCGUUGUGAUCCUUCUGUUUUUGGGGUUUGUCUGGGCGGCUGAAAACAAGGCUGUAAUCCGACGUUUCCGGAGGAAUCAUCCAUCGCUGUCCCUCGCUGCAAUUUUGGGCUCCAGCUACCUUCUUCUCUCUGUUUUCGGAGGGGUAGCUGUUUUCCUCUUUGGCAUUGCCUUCCCUAUUUUAAUGAUCCUUAUCCAUGCUUCAGUGAGACUCCGAAACCUUAAGAAUAAACUGGAGAAUAAGCUGGAGAGUAUAGGAUUGAAGAGGACUCCUAUGGGCCUGCUGCUGGAAGCACUGGGACAGGAACAAGAGGCUGGAUCAUAGCUGUGUUUACUAUUACCUAACUGUGCUAUCGCUCACCCCUUCUAUCCUAGGAGCUUCUUGCGUAUCCUAAAAUGUAUAUGAAAACUGAUAUUGGCAAAUCAUGUAUGGCAUAUUGCUAAAGUCUCUCAGAAAUGCAGGAAGGGCCAAGUGGGCAGGAUUAAAUUAUGAUGCAGUAUAUGAAGGAUUGCUAAAAUUAAAGCAAAAAGUGGAAUUACAGGAUCAGGUGUGUAUAACUAUUAGGUGUCCAAAUAUAAAAACAGCAAUAUAAUGCCUUGUGAAUAGGAUGUAGGUUAGUGUUAUUCAUUGCACAUUUUACACGUGAGUAACAGUCCAGCUCCAUUCUAUGGAUUUAAUUGUGCAUACACUUUUAUUCCAUCCCUUAAUGUAUUUUAUGUGAGGAACGCUCGAUUUUGUGAAUUGUGUUUGAAGGAUAUCUGAAGACAGUGUCUUUUUUGCCUGUUCGUUACAUGACCAAAUAUUAUUUAUACUGAUUGAUUUUUAUUUUUCGUGUUAUUUUAUUUUCAACCAAGUUGUGCCAUGCCAUAAGUUGUGUUUGCUCUCUUACAAAGUGCCAAGGUAAAUACUUCUCAGUUAUUGCAACACAAAUGAUUGACCAAGAAAAUGAAUCAUGUUUCCAUUUAUGUGGAUUGUGCAUCACAAAUUGGCAUUGUUGGGGAAAUGAACUGUAGUCAUAGACAUAAUAAUCGAAUAAACAGGUGUUACAGAAGGUGUAACGGACCACAGGCUGAUUAAAAUGUCUGAGAAAUGUAACACCACAUGUGCUCAUUCUUACUUUAUUUGAGUCAUUCGGUUUAAGCCACUGCUUAAGUGUUCAUUCCUUCAAAAAAUGAAGUAAUUUGUAUUUCCUGCAUAUUCAAUGUUUACAACGUCAGCUGCCUUCUUGUAUUUUCAGUGCAGUCAGUGGUUAUAAUA